AUGUCCCUGCCCCUGGGUGUAGUGCGCGUGGGAUUGGCCGAAAUGGGCUACUCCAACACCUCCAAUAGGCUGAUAAUAAGCUUCGAUGUGCUGCAAGCUUCACCUAUGCUAUGCGUUGCUGCAUCACCCGAGUUCGAGUCGUCGGUUUGCAUGACUUGUUCCCCGCCGACAGGGUCAAGGGCAAGGAUAGCGACAAGGACGCUGAUACAUGAACAACGUACUUGGAUACUAAGUAUAUAUCCAUGGUGGGGCAACGCUCUCCGGACCGAGGCUUUUAAGCUGACGCUCGACAAGACGCUGGGCAUGUCCAUAUUUCCGAGCGAUCGGCGGGCCUCCACCCCUCCAUUAUCGAUGGAUCUAGUAGCACGUGGAGUACUUAGACAGUACAUACACAUAAACUUAGUUACACAACAAACCAUGUGCUAUCUAGCCUCGGUCGGCCUUCAUAACUAUCGGGCCAUGGUUACGGGCAUACAUCGGCCUGACUCGAUGCCAACGUCUCCAGUAGUGGCCGUCUUGGUAUUGCAAUCUCCAAAUCCUCGUAAUCCGAAAACACUCGUCAUCCACUGCCCUCCGAACCCAGGCCGACGCUCUUUGUCUCUUCCGCCUGUCCCGCGCAAGGUUGGCCUGGGCCUACCCAUCCCAACUGCCUCCCUUCCCUCCCUCCGAUCCAACCGGCGCCCUUGCCUCGGCCCUGUCACUUUCGGAACCUUUUGGCCUCUCCCCGACCCGCGUCAUGCACUUGCACUGGCACUUGUCACCUCUGUGUCUGCGCCCUCAUCAUCUAGCUAUCUUCACGUGCUUUUGCCCGAGCAUCCAGACCUCUGUGCCCGCGCUGCUGAUACCCACCGUUCCUGCCUGUCUGCCUCCCUUGCCCUUGCCCAUCAACGCCUCACCUUCCACAUCCACGAUCCCUUCCUGACUCGCCGCCUUCCAUCUACAUCUACUCACAUCCAUGUAGAUCCACCUCGACCCUUCCUCUUUCCUUUUUCACCUUACCCAUCCUGCACCCCCCUUUGCUCACUCCGUCUACUCCUGGUCAUCCGAUGGGAGAUAUCACAUACUACUAGCUCAACACUCUCCCAUUCACCUUACCCCAGCAUCUGCACCGAUAGUCCAAGCUUAAAUUAG